UUAUAGAUAUAAAGGAAGUAGCUAAGGGAAUGUACUCUAUUACUUCACUGUCCCAGUCAACAAAAGCAUGUUUAUUUUCUGUUGGAUUUUGUGUAAUUUCUAGCAACAUUUUUUCUUUUGGAUUGCUGCUGGUGAAAGACACUUUUGUAUAUUUUGAUAUUUAGAUCUAUAUUCAUAUUGCAUUUUUAUUUGUGUAACAAUAAUGGCCAAUAAGCAUAAUAAAAGGCAAAGUUGUGGUAGAAAAAGAAAAUUUCGUGGGAAUAAAUACACCAAGUCUGCAAAGUCUACAAGUAGUACAAGUGUGAAGUGAUGAUCAUGGACAAGUUGGUGAACAACAAGAGACACAUCAAGCUGCUUCACCUAAUGUAGAUAUUUCAUCUGAAUCAAGUUUAUCAGAUAAUCCACUGGAUUGUAAUAUCUUUUUAAACCUAGCAUGUUUUAAUAAUUUCUUGGCAAGUUACUUGAUAUGUCCUAAAUGCUUCAACUAUUCUCUAAAUUUGUUUUUGAAUGAAAGCGCAAGAAUUGGAUUUUGUCAGGAACUAAUUGUGAAAUGCACUUCAGCUGACUGCUCAUUUGAAGAAAGCUUUAGAUCUUCUAAAGAAAAUAGAGAUGGUCAAAAAAGAGGAUUUAGGGAAAUAAAUCUCAGAAUGGUAUCAUUUGUAAGAUCCAUUGGUCCAGGUCACAAUGCACUCUUGAAUUUUUGUCAACACACAAACAGUCCACCUCCUAUUUCUGAAACAUCUUAUCAAUCUGUAAUGCAUACCAUAGGCCUUGCAUCUAAGAAAGUUGCAGAAGAAAGUAUGGAAAAGGCUGCAAGGGAAGUGAAAGAAAAGGUUGGAAUCAGCAACGAAGAAGGCAUCACUAAGACUAAGACUAAGACUAAGACUAAGACUAAGACUAAGACUAAGACUGCUUUAUUGAUCCUUACGGAAAUUUGUUGUGAUCACUGACUGCGGUGUGAGCGGUGUGAGCGUUGAUGGGACAUGGCAGCGUCGAGGGCACUUGAGCCAUCAUGGCGUUGUUACAGCCAUAUCAAUAGAAACAGCCUCUCAGCACGUCACGACGGAGAAAACAAUCUCUGCAACGCUUCAGAGAGAUACAUUAUGGGUUCUCCUGAUGCGGAAAAAAAGCCUGGGACAGAGUAUAAUCCAUGGCUGUUCUAUCCCUGCAGUGUCAGUUACUUUACCAGCUUUUUGAAGAAAAAAUUGAGCUCCAGUCGAGGUUACACUUGUCUUGUCUACGCUGUCGAAGCAUCAGCAGACAUUCCAGAUGUAUCUGAUAAACUAUUGGGUCAGGUGAUCAAACCUGAUCAACAGUGUCAACAGUUUUUUGGAAAUGAUUCCUUCUUUUGCAGGGCUUCCGAAUCUAGACGCUCUAUCACUGAAAUCUGCCAAGCAAUGUUAUGUGCAGAUGUUUUAAGAGGGUUAUGUAUCCCGAAGAUAGCACUCACUGGAACAUCUUGUGGCGAUGGAAAGGUCUGCAUAAAUGGACAAUGUGUCAGCGACCCAUACGCUCCUCAACUUGAUGGCUGUGAAUACGGAGAUAGAAUCAUCGAUUGUACAAAAGAUCACUGCUUGAAUUCUCAAGUGGAUUGCUGCGGCACGUGUAACUAUGGCACCCCCUUUACCCCAACGUACAGCACCAGAAGAAGCACACCUAAAAGAUUAGCCACGACAGUAAAUCCCCUUGUGAUAUUCACUUCAAUUAAAGAAUGUGAACCAGGAGAUCUAGACUUGAGGCCAGAACUGUGCACUAACACUAGUGUCUGCCAGACAAAGUCAUCACUAUGCUGUCACUAUUGCUCGUUACAUUACAAGUCUGCAAAUACAAGUACCACACAAUAAACGCCCCCCAACGGGUGUGUACUAGGAGAACCAGAUUUAAGUCCACAGCUGUGUACUAGCCGUAGUAUCUGCCAGACACAGCCAUUGAUGUGCUGUAAAUAUUGUUCUUCCCGAGACACUUCUGCAAGCCAUCUCUCUUUAUACACUAUUUGGAUAUAUUGUUUUUGUAUUGCUUUCUUUCUUUAUAUUAAAACAAAUGUCUAUUAGGUAGAUAAAGUACAAAUGUCUAUUAGGUAGCUAAAGUACAAAUGUCUAUUAGGUAGCUAAAGUUCAAAUGACUCUUAGGUAGAUAAAGUACUUACCCUUGUUCUGUAUUUUUUUUAGUUUUUGUCUAUUUCUUAUCUUUAUACCAUUUUAAGCAUUGUUUAAACAAGGAAAUCAGUUAUAAUGAAGCAAUCUAUCAAUCAUAAUGAAGCUAUUGUUGGUGUACUGUGCAUGAGAUAAUAGACCUCUAAAACAUGUGGCCAGGGCCGGCCUUAGAUAAUGAGCCUCCUUGUCCUUAUCAUUAUAAGGAACAUUUUGUACAUCCUCUUAUAAUUCUGGAUCUAGAGAUCAAUUAUUUUGCUUGCUUUUAUUAAACAGUUUCAAGUUCUUUA